CGACGUGACUGUGUGUGUGCGCCCGCGAAAAAACACGACCCUCGAACUUUUCUCUGUUGGAACGCCCCCCCAGUCUCCUACUUCCCCCCUUCUCUCUCUCCUACAGGAGGAAGUUCCCCCCCCUACUCUUAAGGAGACGUCCUUCCAUCCUUCCUUUUUCUCUCUCUUCUCUUCCUCUCUCUCUCUUCUCUUCAACCUCUCCCUCGAGCUUCCCUUAAACACGACAUGAUGGCCGAGACUCACCCCAAAUCCGAGGUGUCGUCCACUGUGACCACCUCGCCGACCUACGCCUCCCCUCAGAAGUCGACGGGAAUCUCUCUGUGCCUCGAGUACUUCAAGACGGCCCCGGGAAUCAUCAAGAUCAUCGAGCUGGUGAUCGGCAUCUUGUGCAUGGCCUGCGCAGCCCCGGCUUGGACAACUGGCACACAUUGGUUCCUGUUCGUUGUCGUCACAGCCUUCGUCUCUACAGCCCUCUGGUGUUUCAUCUACCUUUUGAAUCUCAAGAACGCCAUCAACCUCCCGAUUGACUGGCUCCUCACUGAACUCAUUCUAACAGCUCUCUUUGCGGUGCUUUACAUAAUAGCUAGCAUUGUCCAGAUAAUCAGCUCUGUCACAAGGCCGCGGCCACCCAGUCGCCUGAAACCCUUCUACAUAUUGUCGGGGAUCUUCGGCACCUUCAACCUAAUCGCGUACGGCAUUGGCUCCUUCUACCUGUACCGCGACUGGAAGGACAGCCACCCCCACUCCUCCUUCUCCGGCUCCGUCCUCAAGCGCAAUCCUUAGAGCUCGAGAGGAGGCGAAAUUAGGACAACAAAAUGUGUGGAAGAACAUGUGUGUGCAUGGCUGUGGAUCCCGAUUGACGAGCCAAUGACGUGGGCGCUGAUUUGAUCUCGCCCGCCAUGCAGCACUCGGCUCUGCAUGUGUCGAUGGCGAAGCUCAUAUUAUUAAUUUUUGUUUCUAACACUGUCUGUUAACCAUCCAAUGUAAGGAAUGAACAUCAUGUAGGAGAUCGAGACAUUACAUAUAUGAAAUUAUAAAAGAAACACUUCAGUGGAGAAUAAAGUGUCAUAGUCUGUGGGAAAAAAAAAAUUCAUAUCGUCAAUGCAAGCACUUGAUCUCAAUUGCAUCAAAGUCGUUUGUUUUUUUAUCUUAAAAA